AUGUCGCUCACCGACGAAGAGCUAGAGCGACUCGCUAGAGAAGAGAUACUCCGCGAAACCAAACGCGGUGCCGAGAGGGCAAAAGACCACGGCGCCUACGGCUGGCAAAAGCCGCGCGUCCAUCCCACCAACAAGAACUUCCUCAAGAACACGAUUCUCAGCACCUUGGUCAGUAGGAAGGGUGCAAGGAGAGAAGACACAAAGAGAGAGUCGGGGCGCAGGCCCGAAAAGGCCCGCAGCCCAGCUGACAGCGGAGGCAAGUCGGCCCAUCGUCAGUCUUCCGAUGACCGCCCGAACAAGCCGUCACAAGACCGACGCGACGAGCGCCGUGUCGCUGAUGAUAAAAGUGGCCGGAAAAGGACUCACGACGGUGUUCGGAAGAAGAAGCAGUGA